CAUCUGUCCAUUAUCUGGAAGUCAAUCUACCAGAUUGCCUGAAAAUCAAUUGAAGUAAAGAGUUGUUUGUCGUGCAGUGGUUCUUCGAGGAAUAGGUUAGGCACUACGAAUCUUUGCUAAAUAUACGAUACGUGAGGUAUUGGUGUAGCCACCAUGGUGAUGACCCAGCCUUUUUUACUUCAGCAAAUUGUACAUGUUUUCCCUCCUGGCUAUAGCUCUGGCACCAACAAGCGGGAAGCCAUAAUUGUUUGUCCUCAGAACCAGAUAAGCAAAGAGAAAACAAUAUCACUGGCUCUAGAAAGCCCAUGACCACGGGAAUCCCAUCUAGGGUUGUUGUCCCAUUGAUCCGGAAUGUGAAGAUUGUUCUCCGAUAUCAGGACCGGUUUCAGACUCCAGAGUAGGUCACAACGCACCGUGAGCCAGCUACCCGGACACCCCACAUUGACCUACUUCGGAGCUAGAAGUUAGAGAUGGUAUGGACUACAAAGGGCGAAUAGAACAGAGAACAGAAGAGUGAAGCAGUGCCAUCGAACACUGCAUUUUUCGCUGUAUACUAAUAGAGAAGUACUUGAUGAUUUCUUUUAGCAGAUCCACCGGAUACGCCCCGAGGACUUGCACCUAGAACACGUCGUCAAUAUGGACGCUGUGAAAGCAUUGUUAAGGCGAACUAUCGGUAAGUUUUCAUGUAAACCGAAGAAGCUUAAAUUGGAGAAGCCUGAAUCGAAGCAGCCUGAAUCAAAGCAACUUCAACCGGAGGGGCCCAAAUCGACAAUGGCGUUCGUAUUCGGCAUUGAUGGCGUACUUACGGAGGUACAGCGGUUAAGUGUUGUCCCCUGUCGAUAGGGGGAUCCCCUGGACGCGGAUUUUGAUAUCCUAGAAUUGAAGCAAUUCUGAAACUAAAUUCAUAAAAAAAAGUUCAGAAUACUCUUGAAGACAAGGGAAAUAUAGCGGAAUAGUUUUUUGUAGCUUUUUCCUAUUGUUGUGGUUGUUUUGUAAGGGAGAAGUUGUGACACUAAAACGACCGGGGACAACACUUAACCGCUGUACCUCCGUAUGGAACACUGGAAAGCUCUUCCAGGAGCCAGCGAGGUCAUCAAUAAUAGGUUACUUCAACGCAAGAUCCCGUUCGUAUUCCUCACCAACCGGGGUGGAGCCACAGAAUCGCAGAGUACCGCGGAACUCUCCCAUGAUCUCGGCGCCACAGGCAAACUGAGCGAUCGCCAGUUCGUACAGUCACACACGCCAUUCCGCAGGCUCAUACCGAGAUUCGCAGACAAGAACAACCUUGCGAUUGGUGAUAAAAAAGCGAUAUGGUUCGCCCGUUGGCGGAGUCUUAUGGCUUCAUGAAGGUCAUUACCACAGCUGAUAUGGUAAAGACCUUUGCUGGGGAUGUCUUUGCUCAUCUCGGACAGGAUGGGAGAACAAGGGUAAAGAAGUUUGGUAAAGAGAUCGAGCAUCUCCUGCCUGAUGGCACGGUUGAGAUCGCCGCUAUCCUCGUCUUUGUUAGUCCCUCCUCGAAAACAUGCGACCUCGAUGCACAAAUCGUGAACAGCAUCCUUCUUACCGAGAAGGGUGUGUAUCCUGUCAUCUUCUCGAAGAACGGGAAUACUAGCUUGCCAAAUAAAGGGUACCUCCAAGAUGACCAGCCGAAAAUAUAUUUCAGCAACAUGCAUGAGAGCUGGUCUACGGCUGCGGUUCCAGCCUACACAUCUCAAGUGAAAUUUCGGAAUGUACUGAAGGCUGUCUGGGACAUAUCAACUGACAAUGCAGACCUUAAACCCCGCCAUCAUAAGAUACGGUAA